UUCUCAGUUGGUCACACACAGAACCUCACUAUGACCAGGUUCACCACCACCCUCCUUGUGUGGACCCUGAUUUCUCCUGGCAGCGGUGGCCCGGCCGCAGACACAGCGUGGCCCACACACACAGCCUGCAGGAACGAGGGCUUGGAAGUGCUCUACCAGAGCUGCGAUCCAUUACAGGAUUUUGGCUUUUCAGUUGACCAGUGCUCCAAACAACUGAAGCCAAACCUCAGGAUUAGACUGGGCAUCAUUCUGAGGGAGGACAUCAAAGAGCUGUAUCUUGACAUAUCUCUCAUCAGUAAAGGCGCUUCUGUUUUGAAUUAUUCCUACCCCAUCUGUGAGGUGGACCUGCCUAAGUUUUCCUUCUGUGGACGGAAGAAAGGAGAGCAGGUUUACUAUGCUGGCCCAGUCAAUAAUCCUGGAUUUGACAUUUUUAAGGGAGAAUACCAGAUUUUGCUGGAACUGUAUAAUGAAAAACGUGCCACUGUGGCUUGUGCCAACGUGACUGUCAUUUGCUCCUGACCUUGGUCUGCAGUAGAAGUACAGCAAGCUUGGACUCACGGACACUCCAGAGGCCACAGGUUCACCUACUUGGGAAGAAGAACCAGCUGGUGACAGCAAGGAGCUCUACACAGAAGCCUCCCGACAGUACAGCUGCUACUUUCCACCACCCAGGCAGUGGACGGCACGAAGCCCCGAAGUCAUCUGCUUCCCAAGAGCCCCUCAGUCAUCCCUAAGCAGCCUCGGGAGCCCCUGCUUCCCAAAGGAGUCACCCCUCCUCCAGCCUCCUCUUCCUCAGCUCCUUAGGAAUGUCUUCCCUCAGGCAACCAGAAUAAAGAAUGCA